AUGAAUGUUCUACUGGACGAUCUUGUUGAUGAUAUCUUCCACCAAGUCCAGGGCUCAUUAGUACCAAGAAUCGAGGCAGUUACAAAGAAAGCGACCCAAGAACUGAAAAAUCGUCUCCAGACUCCACCAUCAUCAGUAGACUUGCUUUACCUCACAGAUAGAUUGAUUGUUUCAAGUCAACCAACGGCCAGCUCAAAUCCUUCGUAUAUCGACAAUGGUAGGGAAAAGCGGCCGACGUAUGCUCAACUUCCACGACCAAUAUCUGGACCUCAAACUCGAAAUCCAAUAACGAGUCACAACGACAAUGAUAUCUCCAGAAGGGACUCCGAUCCACAAGAGUCAUCUUCUACAACUCCGAGUGCGACAGAGAAUCAUUCAGGGAGAGCCCUGAAGGCCUCUACGAACGAAAUACGAGGAGGAAUAAUGAAUCUAUACGAGGGCGAGACAUCGACAGGAGAAAAGAGUACACCCAAUCAAUAUUCCUUGGACAGCCCGGUUGCUGAUACCAAGAACACACAUCGAAAUUCAAAUGGGGAUAAGGUAUCUGCCUCGACCAUGUCCAACGAGGAAGCGAUCCAUGAUUCGAACAAAGCUAGCUCAUCUCGGGUUCCCGUUACAGCACAAAAUUCUCCUGGAAUUAUGACGUCGUUUUUGGACAAACGGCAUGGGUCAGACCACUAUCUAGCAUUCUCUCUGGUGGAUGAGCAGCCGGAUGACCGGACUUUACUCCUUUUCCGACGGCAAAUUGUUCAACUGGGUUGGUGGUCCCCGUGCGUAGAGAGGUCAGAAACGCCAUCGAUUCCAAAUAUUCUCAAAACAUGUUACGCAAUCCAUGCAUACUUGAAACUUCACCAUCAAAAUGUUGCACUUGUCUAUUGCUCCAACGGGAAGACUCGAACGGCGAUUGUAGUUGCAUGCUAUCUGAAGUUUGCUGGGAUCGUUAAGUACAGCCAAGAAGGUUUUUUUCGCUUCCUUUUCAAACGCGGAGUGAAAAAUCCAGAAACAACUUGGAAACAACUUCCGCCGACACUUCGACUCUUCUUUCGUCAGUUUGAUACUGCCUUAAAUAUUGGUGGAUAUCUGAACCGAAAACCACUACUAUUACGAGCUAUUGCUCUACAGGGGGUGCCAGUGGAGGACAAGCCUUGCUUAGACAUAUGGGACUCAUCGCAACGCCUUGUAUACUCUUCCCACCCAGAAAUAUGGGCUAGCGAUUCAACAUCACCGAGAAACUCAAGCGCAUUAUCCCAAUGGAUUGAUGAGGAGGGGUUCUACAAAGUCGAUGUGUGUUUGGACGGUGACUUUCUUUUGCUUUGUCGGUUCGGCGGAGAUUUUGCCAAAGACACAGCAAUGCACGAUCCGAGCAAGAUUCUUUUUCGGUACUCGAAUAACACCGGAUUUCUCGCUGGGGGGUGUCCAUACGAGCUUCCGUCAAAGAAAGUUGAUUUGACGAAACGCUACGCGUUGCAUCUUGAUCAUGAAGACUUUCUGGUGACGCUUCUAUUCCAAGCUGAUUGGGACGAGACGGAGGGUAGCAAACCGGAGACCACUCAUCGAUUACCUAGGGGGUUAGGAGACAAGCUAAAGUCGAAAGAAGGAGUGUUAUCGGAAAAAGUAUGGUGUAGUCACCACCGACAGGCAUAUGAGGAAGGGUUGAAAGUCAUCUUUCAGCAUCACUCUGCACGGCCAGACGCCUCCGACAUCAAGGCCUUCCGCACCCUUCAUGACGAACGAGUCUUCGAAAACUGCGCAGGUCAUUUGAUUUGCCUUGCACUCCAGCUCACAAAUUUCAGUCAUAAUCGAACAAACAAUUUGCUGUUGAGCUCCCCUUUAUUUGCAUGGUGGCGACUUCCAUCAGAUGGCGAUACAUCCACAGAAAGUCCUUUCAUAUCAUCGAACUUUCAACAUGACAAGGUAAAAGUACCGAAAAACGAAGAAAUGGAUCUCGAAAAAGAUGGUGACAGACUGCAGAAGAUGUUUGGCGUACUGAACUCAAUUGACGUUUCAAAGAACUUGGAUUCCAAAGACAUUGCCAGUUUCAAAGAACUUGACGAGAGACGAAAGCUUCAUGAGACGAAUUCUGAUUCGGGAAACACUCCGAAGCGAAGAAACAGUGCAAUUCGCCGUUGGGAACAGUCCAGGAAAGAAGUGUGCUGUCAUGAUGUUGGAUGGAUGGUGUCGGGAAUGACAUACCCGCGCCCUGGUGAUAUUGUCCGUUGCUUCGGUGCAGAGUAUGCGGAGUUGAAUAACAGGUUUCCAACACCAACGCUGGAGUCUAUUUGUCUACCGAAAGUUCCAUUUCAUCCAGAUCUCAAUCCAAUUUUCUACCGUGGGCGAAGUUGUACCAGGAGCAACUCUCAACAGAACCACUAUAGCCGUCGCUACGAUCGACAACGAGGCAUAUCAACCCAGGUUCUACUCCAAAUGCAGCAUACUGGGGUGACACUGCCAUGCCUUCUUGAUCUGUUGAGAGAGUCUCAAAAAUGGGAUGGUCUUCCACCAAAGGCAGCCGCAAAUAUGGAGAAAGAAGGAACAGAUGAAGUAGGCAACAAAUCUAAAGAGUCGACAGAGGGCAGUAUGAAUUGUAAAUCAAAGGAACAGAAGGAGAAAGAAUGGAAAGAGGCCCGUAAUGCUGAAGAAUUGGAAAAAAGUAGGAACAAGGACCAGAGGUCACAAGACGCAGGAGAGCAAUCUCCAAGUCAAGCAGAAGAGACUACAAUUUCAUUGACACCAUGGAAUGACGAUCCUGAAUACGCCAAGUACUUCAAAAUGUUGAAAAUGGGCAUAACAUCGGCACAGGUAGAGCAUGCAAUGAAACGCGAUGGGAAAGACCCACUUGUUCUCAAACUCAAUCCAGAAAAGAGUCUGGAAGAGCAAAUGCCAGAGCAACCAGAUAAUGAUGCUGGAGAUGUAGCAUUAAAGGAAGAUCCAGAAUACGAGAAGUAUUUCAAAAUGCUCAAAAUGGGUCUCCCCAGAGACGCUGUUAAAAAUGCUUUGCAACGAGAUGGGAAGGAUCCCUCGGUCAUUGAUCUUGAUCCUACAAAGAGCUUAGGUUCGCAGCUAUUGAAGCACUCGGAAGGCAAGAACCCCCCACUAAAAGACGACCCAGACUACCAGAAGUAUUUCAAGAUGCUGAAAAUAGGGAUGCCUGUUGGGGCUGUCAAAAAUGCCUUGGUGCGUGACGGAAAGGAUCCUGCAAUAAUUGAUCUCGAUCCAGGCGAGACCUUCAAAUCACAGACAGGUGCAAAAGAAGACACGGGCAUUGCACUAAAGGAUGACCCAGCAUAUACGAAGUACUUCAAGAUGAUUGGGAUGGGCUUGCCCAUUGACGCUGUCAAGAAUGCAUUGAUGCGAGACGGAAAGGAUCCAGAUGUCAUGGAUCUUGACCCAGGAAAAAGUAUCCAGUUCCAACUUGUAAAGAAUCGAAAGAAAGAUACAGCGAUUCCUCUGAAAGAUGACCCUGAGUAUGCAAAAUAUUUCAAAAUGAUUGGCAUGGGACUUCCAAUUGGAGCUGUCAAGAAUGCACUCGAGCGUGAUGGCAAAGACCCCGAUGUACUUGACCUAGAUCCCGAGAAGUCGGUAGCAUAUCAAUUGAAGGAGGCAUCCACAUCAAGGAAGAGUCCAACAAAGAAGAAGAAAAGAGUGCGGCGAAAGAAAAUCUAUUGGAACCCAAUUGACCCCGGAAAGCUCAAGGAGAAUUCAAUGUGGCACAUUGUUCGAGAUGUUGUUGACAUGAACAAAUUGAACUACGACCAAAAAGAGUUUGAGGAACUGUUUACCGAAUCUGCAGACCCUAAGGAUGCCAAGAAAAUGAAGAAGCCCGAAAAGGCAGUCAAGAAGCUUGUACAAGUUAUUGAUCCGAAACGAUCAAUGAAUGGUGGCAUCAUUCUCGCCCGAUUGAAGAUUGAAUAUGGGAAAAUUGCAGAUAUUGUGAACAAGAUGGAAAGGAGUAAGUUUGAUUCAACCCAGUUAUCGGCUUUGAAAGAGUUUCUCGCAAAUCCAGACGAACGGAGGGACUUGAUUGGAUACAUGCAAAACUCCAAAAGUCCAAAAGAAGUGCUGUAUGCUAAUCUUAGUGAGACUGAGAAGUAUAUGUAUAAAAUGAUUGAUGUUCCUGGUGCAUCAGAGAAAAUUGAUGCCAUGCUUUUCAGAUGCGUGUUCAAGAAUCGCUUCGAUGAUGUGAAUGCUGGAAUAAAUACUUUGAACUCCGCUUGCGACCAGUUGCGAUCCUCGGAAAAGCUCAGAAAGUUGAUGGCAAUGAUUCUCACAGUGGUCAAUGAGAUCAAUACUGGUGGCGAGGGCAAUAUGGCAAUUGGGUUCACACUUGAUGCACUUCUGAAACUAAAUGAGGCAAAAGCAUUUGACAAAAAGACAAGUGUUCUACACUACGUGGUGAAGCUGGUGAAGAAAAACGAUUCUGGGCUUUUGACAUUUAGCAACGAUAUCAGCUCCGUAAUUCCUGCCGAGAGUGUCCUCCUUGAUUCCCUAGCCAACGAAGUGAAGGCACUUGGGCAAGAGCUUGUUGGGGUACACAACACGGUACAAGCAGAAGCAGAACGCUUAGAAGAGGCUGGGGAAUUGAAGCCAAUGACCCUAGAAGACUUGAAGGAACAGCGAACAACUGUUCGGCAGGUAGGAAAUAUUUCACAAUUCAACAAAAUGGAUCACCACACUGGCCGGACGCCCAUGGAAAGAUUCAUGGUGGACUCCAAAUUUUCUUGUGAUCAAGCUAUUGUCUCCAUUGAGGAUGUAAGAAAAAAGUUUCUUGCGAUACUCCAAUACUUUGGAGAAGAUGAGAACAUGCCAACAGGAGACUUUUUUGGGAUACUUCGUCGCUUCAUGAGGGAGUUUCAAAAGGCAGUGGAUCAAGUUGAAGCUAUAGAGAAAAAAGAGACAAAGGAAAGAAAGCGUGCAGCUGCAAGGGUCGCAAAGGCUGCAGCCAAGGAUGCAGACAAGUCACGUGGUAGGGCAAAGAAGGGUCAGCAUGGUAGCAGCUCUGCGUUGCAACCCAAACCAAAGGGCAAGAAGGUCUUGAACAUACCAAAGGAAAGGGAUAUCGGCGGUACUACAACCAGAGGAAACCUCCAAACUAUCAAAAGCACGCGACAUAGUAAACAACAGACAAGAUCCGAUCUGUUGUUGGCCAUGGCUGCAGCAGCUGCAUCGCGUAAAGGUCGGCAAUUCAGUGGCGUGCAGCCUUCGGCAACAGCACAAGCAAAGAAAAUCAAUUCCAACGUGAAUACCGAGAAAAUGGUUGGUGGUGUUGAAACUGGAGGUUUAGAUGAAAACGUGUUAGGCAAUCAAGAGACUUGCCCUGCGCCGUCCACGGCUCCUCUACAACCAGCAGAUCAGUCCGAAUCUUCUAUUGAUGUUUUGCACAUGCAGAAAACUGAGUCAAAGAAGGAGGAAAUGAACCGAAGCAUCAGCUCAAAGGCAACCAAAACAUCACUACCAUUAGACACUAACAUGAUUACCCCUGCGACUAGGGGGAUUGGGCAAAAAAAUUGUGACAAAAACAAAACCUCUCCCUCUGUUGAUUUGCAAAAAUGCAGACCAGCCAAGCAACGGGAAGACUUUGUAGACAUAAAAAAUGAUCUGCAUCCUUUGACCAACAGCAAUCCAGUCCCAAACCACAGUGUGACUGUGGCCAACACAGCAGAAUCAGGGUGCGGCAAAAGCUUGACCACAGUGUUUGACAACGGCAAGAUUGGCAUUGAAAAAACAAAGCCACAGAAUGGAAUGGAAAAAGGAGCUCAAGAGCAUCAAAAGGCAACGGAACCGCAGACGGAAGGACAACUACCCACAAAUAGAAGCAAUUCAGUACAUCAAGGAGAACCAUCUCUUCUUAAUACGAAAGGAAUGCAGAAUACAAUAGAGUUCUCAAUGGGCAAGCCCAGCGACGGUACAGAACAAAAACGUCAAGCUGGACCACAUCCAGUACCGGUACCGAGCCAAAGAAAGCCCCAAACAACGGAAAACGUGAUGAAAGAAGCCAGCGAGGACAUCACACGAGCAAUUUUGGACCCAAGUACGCAACCCCAGGCCAAUGAGGCUGCAGGGCACGAUGAAAAGACUACUGAAACGAUUAUGCUGAUGCACACUAUUGAAACACUAGAUUCGAGACAUUCGCAGGGACCAAUUGCGUUACAGGCUGGAAGUGUUGAGAGUUUCAGCGAGCCACGUACACAAGGCAGUAAAGUGCUUAAUAUCAAAUUGGACAAAGAAAGGAGUGCAGUAGACCCCACUUACCAGCCUGAAACUAGCUUGCUGAUGGAAAAAAAAACAAGCUCACAGUCCUUGUUUGGUACCAACGACCCAAAGCCAAUGAAAGAGCAAACUCGUUCUACCAGUGCUGUAGAAAGUGUUUUGAGUGCGCCACUGUCUCUACAGCUGAUCGAAGCGAAAAAAAGAACUGAGAGUUUUUAUGACAUAUCCGUUGUGGAUAGUAUUCCUCAAGAGGGUAUGGAAGUUGGAAUGUCACAGACCUGGACAGAUGGAGAGGAUAUCACCAAUUGGAUGCCUUGGGCUGGUGAAGUCAUCAAGGCUUGUGAUUCUGACAGCGUUGUAGGGUUCGAAAUGCCAAGAGAUCUCAAUGAUGGUGCAGAGUUUGACGACGAUUCGACCAUUGCAAGCUCUACGAGUUUUGCAAGCUACUAUGAUGAUAUAUCAGUUGGUAGUGGACUCAACACUCCAGGGAAAAUGGCACCUCCACACCAUCCAACAACGCCAUUUGAUCCGUAUUUUGACAAUGUGGAACAGCCUCCAAACCAGUUUAUGAUUCACACAAGAGGCAGACCUGCAACUUCUAUGCUCUUCGAUGAUUCUCAACCCCCUACAGUCAAUCUUUCGCAACCACCGUUUCAACGCUUCGACUCAGCAAAGUUGCCUGGAGGUACCUCAACUCCUCGUGAUGAUGUUGGCCUGAAACCUGGUUUGUCAUUUGGAGCAGAUGUCGGUUUUGAUGACGGUCUCGGAGGUUUCGGAGCCAUCAGUAAUAUAGACAACAACAAUGAGGAUGGAAGGGAUAUCAGCAAGGCUGGUACUGAGAGCAAAAGGAAGAACGCUUGGUUUCCAUGGGGCGGAGGCAGUGGAGGGAAUUAA